AUUCCACAAAUAGCACCAAUUAGAUGAUUAUUAUUAUUUAUUAUUUUUUCUAUUACAUUUAUUUUAUUUUGUUCUAUUAAUUAUUAUUCUUAUAUACCAAAUUCACCUAAAUCUAAUGAAUUAAAAAAUAUUAAUUUAAAUUCAAUAAAUUGAAAAUGAUAA